AUGGACAAUUUCUUCGCUGCCAUAUCAUUAUUCCGUCGACGGAAAUAUGACGAGUGCAUCGAGGUGUGCAACGGCCUGCUGCAACAGAAUACCCUUCAUCAAGGUCCUUGGGAGCUGAAAAUGAGAUCUAUGACCCAGCGUGUGUACAUCGACGAUAUCGAGGCGGACGAUGAUGUGACGGAGGAUAUUCUGGACACGCAGACCAUCGCUACGGCACCCCGUCCCGGUACCUCGAUCAGGACAGCGAUGGCCAAACCAGCAACCUCCGCCAACGCCACCACAGCGAGCCGCCCGCGUACCGGAACUGGCCGACCAAUUACGGGCAUUUCACGUCCCGGAACACUCUCACUGCAACGGCCCGCCUCAACGCUCGGCAACAAGACGGCCCUUAAAACCGGGUCCCGCACCGCUGCCGGAACUACAGCCGGUGGUUCCGCCCGCAACCUGCGCCUCGGAUCGGCCUCCAUGUUUGCGGUCGGCGAUCCGACCGGACCACUGUUUCACAUCUCCCGGCUGCAUCCGGACAAGUACGCGGAACGGGAUGCGCUCUCCAAGCCACUGUUCCAGUACCUGUACUACCACGAGGGCGACAUCCGCAAGGCGAUGGCACUGUGUGAUGCCGUCCUGGCAAGGCGCCGAACGGCCGAACUGCUCACCGAUGCCAGCAGUGGCUGGUGGUGGAAUGCGCAGAAGGCUCGCUGUCUAAUCGCCAUUGGAAGUCCGCGCGAGGCAGAACCGUACCUACGCGCGGCCCUGCAAGAUCUGCACCAUCCGGAUGUGGUGCUGCUGCUGGCACGGAUCUACGUCAAGAUCGAUCAACCGACGGCCGCGCUGGAGGUGUGCAAGCAGGGGCUGGAGAAGCAACCAAACGAGAUAGCGCUGCUAACGCAACAGGCACGCAUACUGGAGCUGGUUGGCAAUCUGGCGACGUCGGUGCGCCGAUACAGACAGAUCUCGGCGCUCGAUCCGAUGAACACCGAGGCGCUGGCGUGUAUCGCGGUGAGCUACUUCUAUGCCAAUCAGCCCGAAACGGCUCUGCUGUACUACCGGCGCAUCCUGUCGAUGGGAGGGCAUAGUGCGGAGCUGUACUGUAACAUUGGGCUGUGCUGUCUGUACGGUGGGCAGCUGGAUUUAGUGUUUCCCUGUUUUCAGCGCGCGCUCAGGAUGGCGACGACGAGCGAGCUGCGGGCGGACGUGUACUACAACUUGAGCUUUGUCGCUCUGACGACCGGCGACAUCCAUCUGGCCCGCCGUUGCCUUCGCCUUUGCAUCGCCGCGAACGGAUCCCACGCAUCGGCGCUGAACAACAUGGCCGUUCUCGUGGCCCGCCAGAAGCAGUAUCAAAAGGCCAAAUCUUACCUGCAGGCUGCCCGCACCGCACACCCGACCAGUGACGAGAUUGGACACAAUCUGAAAUUUAUCGAAAAUUUCCAAUAAACUGAAUUCGGGGAGGGGUUAGCAAACAACAUCAACGACAACAGCAACAAAAAACGGCAAGAGAAAUCCUAAUAACAACGCUGGACACGCUACCAUACAGCCGAGCCCGAAUAGAUAAAUAUCGCCUCUCAACACGCAACACGCCGUCACACACAGGCACAAGAGGGCGAUAUGGCACCUGGGAGAUGUUGCUUGUGUUUUUUUUUGGAAAAGAAAUUUAUGCGCCAAAUUUCAUCACCUAUGUUGCAGGCGCGUGCGCUCGAUCAACCCGAGGCCUACUUCCCGGCCAGCCCUUACCCGAAAGGAUGUACCGUCCGAUCCGGCUGCGUUCGCGCCCAGCUCCCCGGCUCUCAGCCGCAAAAACAGGAAGACAGAUGCAUAUAAAUUCAGGCCUUAUUUUUAGACAUUCUUUCUUCGGCCUGGUGGAGCCGGUUUUUCUCCCCGUGCUCAUUAUAUUUGUUUCCUUUCCUGUUUGUUUGUGGCGAUCGUGCGCGAAAUGUUAAUCUUCCUCUAGCGGCGUGGUGUGCCGAUAGUUUACGAUCGGAAAGAGGAUCAGGGAGGAUCAUGGCGUGGCACCAAACGCAGCAAAGAACGCUAGCACCAGCAAACGCAGCGGGAAGGAUUUAAAUUUGUUCUUUCUUCUCCACCAGCCACGGCACGUAGGCUUUAAUCAACGCUUUCAAACGUCGCACGGUGUGUUUGCUAAUGCUGUGUCCCGGGUGAUUUGCCAAAUCAUUAGUCGCGCUCCGGAACAGGGGAUCGAGCGCUUUUAGUGGGUUCACCUAAUGGAUGUCAGGAAAAUUAUGUGAUCGGUCUUAAAAUGGGUUGACAAAAGUGUUAGACAGGCGGAAUCAGAGGAAACGAAUAAA